UUGGACUGUGGGAGGAAAAUGGAGCACGUGGAGGAAACCCAUGCACCUGAGGCAGCAGUGCUAACCAUUGAGCCACUGUUUGUAUCAGGGCAUGGAAGAAUGUAUAUCCUUGCUCUUUGCUAAACCAGGGUAUUCCAUUUCAGCAAGAAGCAGAAAUUUUGGUUUCAUAAUGCCCAGGGCCAAUUAUAUUGGGUGGAAGGGUGUGGAAUCUGAGAAAUGUGGAAUCGCAGAGAUGGUGAGUACCAAAGUAAAAGAUGUUCAUAAUAAUGUUCUUUCAAGUGGAUUAAGCUUUAAAACGAAAAUGGCAAAACUUGGAAUUGAAAAUCCUAGUACUGGAGUAUAGCUAGGAAAUAAUGCACAGGGCAGACAACUGUAUGUCUAAACUUUUAGAUUUUUGAUUUCUUUUUCCCUAAUCACAACAUGAGAACAGCUUAUUCACAGUGCUAAAUAAAAACCGAAAGAACUGUGGAUGCUGGAAAUCAGAAAAAUUACUGGAAAAGCUUAGUCGGUCUGGUACCAUCUGUGGAGAGAAAGCAAGAGUUCAUGUUUCGGAGAUGGUAGGAACUGCAGAUGCUGGAGAAUCUGAGAUAACAAGGUGUAGAAAGCUGGAUGAACACAGCAGGCCAAGCAGGAAGGCUGACGUUUCGGGCCUAGACCCUUCAGGAAUGAAGGUUUCUGAAAUGAAAGUUAAUGUUUCGGGUCGAGUGACCCUACCUCAGUUGUUAACUCUGAUUUCUCUCUACAGAUGCUGCCAGACCUGCAGAGCUUAUCCAGCAAUUUCUGCUUUUGCUUCUUAUUCACAAAUCUAUUUGUACAGCAGGCGAAAUGAAUAAGGAACAACAUCAAUUGGAAGACAAAUGCAACAACUGUUGAUUUUGAAAUAUAUACAUAUGUCAGCACAAUGUUUAAAUGACGAAUCGUCAGUAAAAUUACACCGUUUUAAAAAUUGCAGUUUCAAAUGUUUAUGUAAUUUAGUAAAGUUGCAGGAGCUAUCGCCAUCGUGUAAAAAUACUAUUUAGAAUAGUUAAGUAGGCAAAGUUAAUUAGAAAAUAGGGUACUACCCGGAGCGUGGAGUAAGGAGAGAAUAAACAGAUGAACAGUAGAGUACUGGAGAAAGCCAGGUUGUGAGAUGAAGAGUUUUUGGAGGGUAUCACGGCGCUGCUGGGGAUGUGGAUGUGGAUGUGCAGUGCACUGGGUGUGUUGGGAAAUGUUAAAAGCAUUUCACUGGCGGCAGCUCAGGGGGCGGUGCAAGCUCGGCGUCUGCAACAAUAAAUAGCAGCACCAGGAAACGCUCGGGACCUUUGGGAUGGUCCGAGCGAUGCCAGGGGCCGGGGCCUGACUCUUUUCCACUCUCCCUUCACUGUUUUGGCUGCACCGAAUGGCCUCCCGGAUUCUGCUACUUAGCCGGCCCGGCUUAGCGACACGCUGUCUGCAGGCGGCCACCAAGGGUUUGCAGUGGAACCGGCUCCCGCGUUGUAGCUCGGGACUCGCGGCCGGCGGAGCUGAACCCGGCGGGGGUUACCAUGGUAACAGGGUCCCGGCCUCGGGCCUGCACCCCCCAAAGCAGCGGCCUGACGCCGAGCGGGAGACGGAGCGGAGCCGGCUGCCCACCACCGGAGCGUCAGUGGUGGAUGCCAGGAGGCUGCUAACCCUGGCCUACCCGGAGCGGUGGCCGCUCUCAGCUGCUGUGGGCUUCUUGGGUGUGUCCAGCCUGGUGACUAUGUCUGCUCCCUUCUUUCUGGGAAAGGUUAUUGAUACCAUUUAUAUGAAUCCUGUUGGAGAGAAUGUAACUGGGAGCCUGACCUCACUGUGUGCCAUAUUGAGUGGUGUCUUCAUAUGUGGAGCUGCUGCCAAUGCUGCCCGUGUCUACCUCAUGCAGAUUUCAGGACAGCAGAUUGUCAAACGUUUGAGGACAAGAUUGUUUUCUUCAAUUCUAUGCCAGGAGAUUGGGUUUUUUGAUAAAACCAGCACAGGAGAGCUGAUAAACCGACUUUCAUCCGAUGCUGACCUGCUUGGACGCUCAGUGACCGAGAACCUAUCUGAUGGCCUAAGAGCUGUUGGUCAAGCAGCAGCUGGUGUUGGCAUGAUGUUCUACGUGUCGCCUCAGCUGGCUAUGUUUGUCCUGGGCAUUGUUCCUCCAGUUGGUGUUCUUGCAGUGUUUUAUGGUAGAUACAUGCGCAAGCUUGCUGGAAUUACCCAAGAUUCACUAGCUGAUGCAACACAGCUUGCUGAAGAGCGCAUUGGGAACAUCAGGACAGUUCGUGCUUUUGCCAAGGAAGAGUCUGAACUGCGGACGUAUACUGAAAAGAUCAGCCAAGUGUUGCAGCUGGCCAGGAAAGAAGCAGUGGCUCGCGCAGGGUUUUAUGGUGCAACUGGUCUAACUGGAAACCUGAUUGUUCUGUCUGUCCUGUACAAGGGAGGCCUGAUGAUGGGUGAUGCCUACAUGACAGUGGGAGAACUCACGUCUUUUAUGAUGUAUGCCUUCUGGGUGGGAAUAAGUAUUGGAGGCCUCAGCUCUUUCUAUUCUGCCUUAAUGAAGGGUCUUGGAGCAGGAGGGCGAUUAUGGGAACUAUACGAGAGAAAACCGGAGAUGGCGCUGAACGUGGGUAUGAUUUUGCAGCCUGAUCAGUUUAAGGGUGCCAUUGAAUUUCGCAGAGUCACUUUUGCCUACCCAACCCGACCAGAGACUCAAGUGUUCAGCGAGCUUGACUUGUCUAUCCCAGCAGGCUCCGUGAUGGCUGUAGUCGGACCCAGUGGCUCAGGAAAAUCGACACUAAUGUCAUUGUUACUCAGACUAUAUGACCCUGUUUCAGGCACUGUCAUUGUUGACGGGCAUGAUGUUCGGAGUCUCAAUCCAUUCUGGUUGCGGAAAAAUAUGGGUGCAGUGAAUCAGGAACCAGUUCUAUUCUCCUGCUCAAUUGCAGAGAAUAUUGCAUAUGGGGCAGCCCAGCCCUUUGAACUGACGAUGGAAGACAUAGAAAAGGCUGCCAAGAUUGCCAACGCCUAUGAAUUUAUCCGCAGCUUCCCUAAGGGCUUCCAAACGAUGGUUGGUGAGAAAGGUAUCUUACUCUCAGGUGGUCAGAAACAGAGGGUUGCAAUUGCUCGAGCUCUGCUCAAGAAUCCCAAAAUUCUGCUGCUGGAUGAAGCCACCAGUGCACUGGAUUCAGAGAAUGAGUAUUUGGUGCAGGAAGCUUUGGACCGAUUGAUGGUAGGAAGGACUGUGCUGAUCAUUGCCCAUCGCCUGUCGACCAUCCAGAAUGCUGAUGCUGUUGCAGUCCUUGACCAGGGCAGGAUAGUUGAGUGUGGUACCCACCAGCAACUCCUUGCAAAUUCAGAUGGAUUAUUUCGCAAGCUUGUGGAGAAACAAACUAUUUCACAAAACAACCAAAAACUUGUGUUGAAAGUAUAAUGCUCCCAAAUGUUACUCCUCUCAGAAAAAAACAUACCUCCAGGUCAAAACAGCCAAGAAAUGCCUUGGGUUCUGAUUAACUGCAGCACUGACUAUUAAAUAGGUUAUGAAACCUGUAAUUCUGAACAGUGUUCAGGAUCUCAGCUGUAGCACUGAAGUAAAUGGUGAAAGGUAUCAAAUGUGAGCCACAGAGUGAGGAAGCCUGCUUCACAAUCGAUACAGCUUCUCCAUGGCCUUGUUGGACAAGUCUUCAGUGUGAGAUCUCAUACAAGGAAAGGUUGACAGUGACUCUGGGAAAGAUAAAAGCAGAUUUUUAAAUGGCCAAAGCUUCUCUUUGCCACAGAGUUUUAAAAACAUUUUUUAUCUAUUUUGGGAACCAUCUUCAAAGGACGGAGUAGUCUCACAUUUGUUCUGUAACUUUCUCCAGAUGGUACAAGGGAUACCAGAUUCCUUUGCGAUAAUGAAGUAAAACACUUGAAGUAGUUGGUGAAACUCAUCACUGUACAGACUGUAUUUUGUGAAAUGUUUGAUUAAUAGAUGAAGUGUGAUUGAAUAAUCAAUCCUUAGUGUUUAUAAAUAUGAAUUUUCAAUUGCUUCACAAAAGUUUGACCCAAUCUGUAGUAUCAGUUUUACAGUAAAAUAAAAACAAUCAAUUUCUAACCUA